CUGAAGUGAAAAUUCUAAAAGAAGAAUCCCACCUUAGCUUCUGCUAUUAAUAUGGAAAAGAUCAUGUUCCACUUAGGAACCAAGAGAAAAAAGAUUGUGUGAUUUUGAGAAGCUAAAGGAUGGCAACUCUUCUACCACUUCCAUUCUUUGCACUCCUUGUUUCUUUAGGAAUAAAUAUAUCAGAAUGUGCUAGAACUUUCACUUUGGUAAACAAAUGCAACGAAACAAUCUGGCCUGCAAUCACCCCAGCAGAAGGCUUUGGCAGUGGCGGGUUUACCUUAAAACCGACUGGAUCAAGAGUACUACAAGCCUCAGUCGGGUGGUCAGGUCAAAUCUGGGGAAGAACUGGAUGCCAUUUCGACAAAAAUGGUAAAGGAAUGUGCCAAACAGGGAGAUGUGGCAAAUCCCUACAUUGCAAAGCUACCGGAAAAACACCAGCUACAUUUGCUGAAUUUACUCUUUCCACACCGGAUUUCUACGACGUAAGCCUUGUUGAUGGAUUUAAUUUGCCAAUAAGUGUUAAGGCGAUUCACGGCAAGGGAGAUUGUAGCAGCGCAGGAUGUAUUGGGGACUUGAGAGCUAGUUGUCCUAAAGAGCUUGCAGUUAGAGCUAAUGACCAAAUUGUUGGUUGUAGAAGUGCAUGCCAAGUGUUCAAGACAGAUCAAUAUUGUUGCAGGGGAAACUAUGGGAAUGCAGCUACAUGCCAGCCAACAUUUUAUUCAAAGAAGUUCAAAGAGGUCUGCCCUGCAGCUUACACCUAUGCUUAUGAUGAUCCUAGCAGCAUUUUUACAUGUUCGGGACCAGAUUACAUAAUCACUUUUUGUUCUAGCAAGUGAUAUUUGAAAAUCUAUUGCAAUAACUAUUUUAUAUCCCUGCAUUUUCUGUUUUUUUACUUGUUUCGGUGAAUCUAUUAUAAAAAAUUUGUAUUUGGUUGAUAGAUA